AGCACCAUCCACGAUGCCUUCUAUGCGACCAAGCCUUUGAGACUAUCCACCACAUCAUCAUUGCAUGCCCAUUCACCCAACAGAUUUGGCACGAGGUCCUCGCGUGGUUUCGAUUGCUAGUAGGAUGCCCCAACCAGGAGGACUCGCUGCUGGACUGGUGGAACCGCGCGCGACACAACACCCCCCACCCACAGCGGAAAGGGAUGGCAUCCAUCACCCUGCUCCUACCCUGGAUGGUAUGGAAGCACCGCAACGAUUGCGUGUUUGACAGGGCACAACCCUCCAUUGCUGCACUAAUGUCAAAAAUCAAGGAGGAGGCUACCUUAUGGGCACGGGCUGGAGCCAAAGGGCUUCGGGUUAUCCUACAGCAGACAUGGGAUGUACACUAAGUAGCAUUAGAAUGCUUGUAUCCUGCCUCCUAGGAGGAUUGUAACAAACUCUAUCUUUUCAAUAUAAUGAAACCAACAAACACCUAACAUGCAGCUGCAGCUGUAAGUGCAAAGUACACACCCAAAAGCAAUGAAGUGAACUCCGCAUCUGCCUACGAAAGGCUCCUGGACCAUCAUGUGCCCUGUCCCCUAUGAUGCUGGUUCUGCACCUCCCUCAUUGCAAUCACGCAGUUGUGGCAAAGGUACGGAUAUAGAUCAUCCGAUCAUUAAAGUGAUUGCUUUUGAAUCAGCAUAUCUUUCAAUCUCCUGGUGUAGAAUGCUGAGCAGAAAAGAGCACAUCCAUAAAUCCUAGUCCCCGGAUGGUUGCAAAAUGCAUCUACCAAGUUUUAGCAUCAAGGACUGUACUACUGUAGUGCCUAGCCAGUAGCCCACUACCUUUGCCUAAACAGAAAGCCAUGGCCCAGCAAAAUCUGAUCUGAAUCUGGAUGCCUCCCUUUACAGCCACCAUUGCAUUCACCGAUCUCAUGGCCUUAUCCCCUUCCAAAUGCAAAUUAGUCAUAUGGUUGUGCCUAUAUAUUCAUGGGCUAGCUAGUAGUACACCACCACUUCAACAAAUUCACAGAUCAAGAAUUUCUGAGCUACAUACCUCAGAACCAAGAACACCCAAGCAUGGCCAUGAUCCAUCCCAGGAGACUUGCUCAGUUGGUGAGGAAGUGGCAAAAGGUCAAGAACCCCUCCAGUGAUGACGAAGCAUGCUGCACAACAUCACCCAUCGUAGGCAAAGGCCACCGUGCCAUGUACGCGGCCGAUGGAAGGCGGUUUGAGGUCCUCUUGGCAUACCUCGACACGACGGUGUUCGGCGAGCUGCUAAGGAUGUCUCAAGAGGAGUUUGGGUUUACAUGCGACGGCAGGAUCACGCUGCCCUUUGAUGUGGUGGUGAUGGAGUAUGCCAUGUGCUUGCUUAGAAGAAAUGCAUCGGAGGAAGUAGAGAGCGCGUUUCUGAGCUCUGCAGUGAUGCCUUGCCAAUAUCCAAGCAGUAAGGCGCCACCUGCAGCGCUUCACCAGCAGCUUGCAGUUUGUAGCUCCUGAAUAUAUUCAGAGUUCUCAUUGUUCUCCAUUUUGCAUCUGAAAAUAGUUGAACAUCGGAGAAUAGAAACUAAAUAUUAUCAUA